GCUUUAAGUUUGUAUGGACGACGUAUCGAACGAGAAGUGACUUUCAGUUGCACAGGAUUUAUCUAUCGAGCUGUGACCAAUAGCCAUCAAGAAGAAACAAGAUUCAGGAAUUAUUUAAAAAUGGCGGAAAGUAUUCAAAAAGGGCGGGAAGUAUUCACAAUUCCUGGAAGUACUCCAAAUUGCGGGAAUGAUUUCAAAAUGGCGGGAAGUGUUUUCUAAAUGGCAAAAGCCAUGAUCUUCAUGUUGGACAAAAGAGGAUAUACAGGAAAUAUAGAAAAUAUCCAUAUUAUGCCAAGGUUUAAUUUAUAAAGUUGAGGUUUUACUGUUGAAUUUACACAUUAAAUAUACUAAUCUAUACAAGGCCUCUAAAUCUACAUACUUGUUCAAUUGUGAUUGAUUAGUUGGCCUAAUUUUCUCAUUGCAUCUAUUAAAGGAUAAAAUCUAAAAUGUCGCAAAUUUGUAGUUUGUAUACUAUACAUGGAACUGUUUCAGAAACCGGUUUUAGACUAAAAUGGCGCAGUGUUGUAAGCUGAUAAAGAAAUCGUUUCCGAACUUGAACGACGAUAUCUACGCCUAUCUUGAGAGUGUUCUCGAAAAUGCAACGGAGGACAUCGAGACCGUAGAGGACGUCUAUGAGAUUGAAGCCAGAACUUCAAAAGGAUUCAGGGACAAGAGAAAGAAAGCAUGCACGGCCGUUGUUUUAGGUUCUGGUGGGCACACUACUGAAAUGUUCCGACUAUUGUGUAAGCUAGACAGGGAUGUAUUUACUCCAAGAAUAUAUUACAUAGCGGACACAGAUAAAUUCAGUCACAAGAAACUACAAGACUUCGAACAGGGCAGAAGUGAUUUCCAAAUUUUCCGAAUUCCUAGAGCCAGGGAGGUCGGGCAGAGCCCUCUCUCUUCCAUUCUUUCAUUCACUAGAGCUGUUCUUGGUUGUUUCCUGCCUGUAAUUGGAACAAAGACUGAGGAGGAUAUACUUGAAGUUUGCAACUCUAUCCUCAAUCUUCUAAAACCAGAGUCCAGUAAGAAAGUGAAUGGGAUUCAGAAAAUGCUGAAUGCUCCAGUUCAUUUAGGUCAGCUAGCUUCUGACCAGGGUCUGGAAGAUGUAAAGGAAGCUAACAGUAUUUGGCUAAAGACGACUGAUGACGCGGCACGGAAUGUGGAUUCUAAGAAACUAGAAAAGGCGAAGGAGUUGGAUUUGAAAAAACAAAAUAAAAAAGAUGGAAAGGAAAUCAAGCCGAACGCUAAUAAAUAUGGAUCAAGAGAAGCCACAGCAUCUCAAGUUAUCAGUAAAAAGGAAGUACGAGCUGAAGCGUCUGGAAACAACAACAGCAAGGAUAUUCACUUGGAAAACUUUGAUAUCACAUACGGGGAGAAGGUUCUGAUCAGAGGGGCAGAUGUAACUUUAGCAUAUGGAAGACGAUAUGGGUUUGUUGGUAGGAAUGGAUUAGGCAAAACUACAGUUCUUAGAAUGAUUUCGGAAAAACAGUUGAAGAUACCGAGCCAUAUAUCUAUUCUACACGUAGAACAGGAAGUUGUGGGCGAUGACACCAGAGCAAUUGAUUCUGUUCUUGAGUCUGAUACAGUCCGACAUGCACUACUACUAGAGGAGCAAGCUCUUAAUAAAAAGGCGAUUGAUGCCGCCAAAGCUCCCGCUAGAGCCGCUGUUAUAUUGGAUGGUUUAGGGUUUAUAGGAGACAUGCAGGAACGUGCAACGAAGACGUUUUCUGGAGGUUGGAGGAUGAGAUUAGCGUUGGCCCGGGCACUCUUCUCUAAACCAGAUUUACUACUUCUUGACGAACCUACUAACAUGUUGGAUAUGCAGGCUAUAAUCUGGUUGGAAAGGUACCUACAGACCUGGAAGUCCACUAUUCUAGUAGUUUCUCACGACCGUAGUUUCCUUGAUGAGGUUCCAACAGAUAUUCUUCAUCUACACUCACAGAAGAUUGAUACUUACAAGGGUAACUACAGUGACUUCAACAACACCAUGGUGGAGAGGUUGAAGGCACAGUCCAGGGAGUACGAGAGUCAGAUGGAGUUUAGGAAACACGUUCAGGAGUUCAUUGAUAAAUUCAGGUUAGUUCAGGAGUUCAUUGAUAAAUGUAUGUUAGUUCAGGAUUUCAUUGAUAAAUAUAGGUUAGUUCAAGAGUUGAUUGAUAAAUAUAGGUCAGUUGAGGAGUUCGUUGAUAUAUAUAGCACAGGUAGGUUUAAUCCUACUCAGAGUAAUAGAACAGCACACAGGAAUCUGAAGUUUGGUUAUUUUACUCAGCAUUUUGUUGAUCAAUUAGAUCUUAGUGUUUGCUCUGUAGAACUUAUGCAGAAGGAAUUCCCAGGGAAGAAGGUAGAAGAGUACAGGAGGAUGCUGGGUCAGUUCGGAGUUACCGGGGAUAUGGCGCUACAGCAGAUAGAGAGCCUGUCUGGAGGACAGAAAUCCAGGGUUGCAUUUGCUGUACUGUGCGGACACAAUCCUAACUUCCUCAUUCUUGACGAACCUACAAAUCAUCUUGACAUAGAAACCAUUGAAGCUCUAGGAAACGCUUUGAUUAAGUACAAGGGAGGCGUAAUCCUAGUUUCUCACGACGAACGUCUUCUGAAGAUGGUUUGUCAGGAGCUCUGGGUCUGCUCAAGGGGCAAGGUUUGGAGUAUAGAUGGUGGUCUGGAUGAGUACAGGAAAAUGGUGGAGAAAGAAAUGGUGUUAUCUUGAGUACAUAGUACAGUACAGUACAUAUUUACACAGAAUAUGUACAGUGUACAUAAACACUAAACCAGUCUUAAAACAAACAAAACAAGAUAUAAGCAGACAUAGAUAAAAAGAGAGGGGAAUAGGGUGUUCUUACUUUCUAUGACGUAAUAGUUCAGUUCUAUAAGUUCAACUAGAUGUAUUGUAAACACACGCAUCGGG